AUUUAGUUUAAAGCAUUUAUUGAGUAGAACUUCCUUAGAUAUAGUCUCAAAUAUGUUGUUGUCUUUUUUUAAAGCAACAGGGCUGUCAGGUAGGAUUUAUUAUCUCCCUGUCUUCGGCCCACACUCCAGCAGUUGAUGGCGGUAAUGCACCAUAACGUUGGAUGCCAAACGCUGAUAAACCCCACCGAAGAAGAAGACUUGUGACAUAUCUGGGUUAUCAUUUCUGUCUGUGCAUAAACUCUUUAGACGUGCCAGUCCUGUGAGAGAUUGAUUGUCAUUUGAUUUCAAUGACUGAACCGAAGUAUACCGGUUUUUGUUGUUGUUAAACAGCUAACGUUAGUGGCAUGCUUCUCACUGGCAGUGCUAGUGGUUGGCUAACAUAGCCAGCUAGCUAUCUAGUUGCCAUUCAUUGAUUCUGACUUUCUGUUUUUAUUUUCGUUAACUGGUUGGCGAGCUAACGUUUAUUAGCGUACUAGUUUGUCGAGAUAACUAGCUAGUUGCUUUGAUUAAGGCUAGCUAGCAAGGUUACUGAUUUAACUGCGACGAUGCUAUGGUCAGUUUAUGACAAGAUGUUGGACAACCAAAAACUAGCUACCUAGCUAAAGUUACAAUUAAAUAAUGGGAGGUUUAGUUGACUAAUUGUAUUUGAAGAAGUAAGCUAGAGGGAGCUAGUGGUUUAAAUGGCAAAAAUAGAACCAGGCAAUGGACUUAAGUCAGCAGAGUCCCGCAAAAGUUUGCGGGGCACGACAGAAAGUCUGGCACUGACAGAUGGAGAAGGCAACCUCUUCGGCUCGGACUCGGAACUAAAUGUUUAUACCAGUGAGAGACAGACGGAUAAAUAUGGAUUUAUUGGGGGUGCACAACAAUAUUCAGAACAAUCAGCUGAAAACAUCCCUCCUGAGGUGCUGAGGCAGAGGGAGGCCAAAUGGCUGGACAUGCUCAACAACUGGGACAAGUGGAUGGCAAAGAGACACAAGAAGAUGAAGCUGCGCUGUCAGAAGGGCAUACCCCCCUCUCUGAGAGGCCGGGCGUGGCUCUACCUGUCUGGAGGAAAGGUGAAGAGGGAGCAGCACAAGGGCAAAUUUGAGGAGCUGGACAGCCAGGCAGGAGACCCUAAGUGGGUGGAUGUGAUAGAGAGGGACCUCCACAGACAGUUCCCCUUCCAUGAGAUGUUUAUGGCAAGAGGAGGCCAUGGGCAGCAGGACCUCUACCGUGUCCUGAAGGCCUAUACUCUGCACCGGCCAGAGGAGGGUUACUGCCAGGCCCAGGCUCCCAUUGCUGCUGUGCUGCUAAUGCACAUGCCUGCUGAGGAUGCAUUCUGGGGUCUGGUCCAGAUCUGUGAGAAGUACCUUCCCGGAUACUACAGUGCAGGGCUGGAGGCGAUCCAACUGGAUGGAGAGAUCCUGUUUACUCUGCUGAAGCGGGUGUCUCCUCUGGCUCACCGCCACCUGAAGAAGCACAAGCUGGACCCCAUCCUGUACAUGACGGAGUGGUUCAUGUGUGCCUUCUCCAGAACCCUGCCCUGGGUCUCCGUGCUGCGCGUCUGGGACAUGUUCCUCUGUGAGGGAGUGAAGAUCAUCUUCCGGGUGGGCCUGGUGUUGUUGAAGUGCAUGCUGGGCUCCCAGGACAAGCUGAAGACGUGUCAGGGCCAGUAUGAGACUAUGGAGCUGCUAAAGACCAUAGAUACACGCUACAUGCAGGAGGGGUUUCUAGUGCGGGAGAUUCUAGAGCUGCCGGUGUCAGAGCGGGACAUUGAGAAGGAGCACCUGGCAUCAGUGCGGCGCUGGAAGGAGACCCGGGUGGAUGUUGAUGAACACUAGAGGGCUCUGUGGGGCAUUUUCCUGCCCUGACCAAUGAAAGAACUUGAUUGACUGGUUGAGGGAAAAUGAAUCAUCUGUAUAUCAUCAUAGUUUUAAAUGAAGGAAAUUAACAUUUGCUGGACAAUUCCUGUCACUAGACCAAAGCUUGUUGAAUUGAUGUUUUGACAUAUAGUAUGUGUUGUAAGAGCCAUGUUGUCUGAAUUAUUCCUGAGUGUGUUUUUGAUUCUUUGCUGAGCUCCAGAGAACAGAGUGAGUGAGUGUGUGUGUGUGUGUGGUCAUGCAGUGGAAGAAACAUGGUAGAAUGCCAGUUGAUAACCACUCCUAUCAUACUCAGCCAUGUUGAUUUCAUCUAGCCGUUUUGAUGAGAAGUAUAAGCUAUUUGUGUAUAGCUGUUUAUUAACUCUGCACAAUUUCUUUGUAAACAAUCAUCUAUGUUUCACGUAAAUGUGUGUCACGGUCAAAUAUUUUCCUGUAGAUAAGAUUACACCUGCUGAAGUUGACGUUUCUGAAGGGAACAUUUGUUUGAAAGAACUGGGUAAAACAAUUAUUGUACAUUUUUGUAUGGUAGAAGGACGAUUUCCAUAAAAAUUGCUGAAGAUUUUCACACUUGCACAUAGCGUAGUAUAAAAUGUAAUAUACUAUAGAUUUUAUAUUUGUCUAAAAUGAAGCACUUUGUCCCUGGUCAAUCCCUUUAAGAAUAGAAUGAACAAUAACAUUUUGUUUGUCUUCUCUAAAAUUGUCCAUGUGUGUGUGUAUGUACACUGAACAAAAAUGUAAACACAACAUGUAAAGUGUUGGUUUCAUGAGCUGAAAUAAAAAAUCCCAGAAAUUUUCCAUACGCACAAAAUGCUUGUCUCUCAAUU